CCGAUUCGGAAGGAGACAACGGAUCAGUUCCUGCGCAAGGGCACGGGGUAUGGUGGGCUCGCAGAUUCGGAGCGAAUUCACAAGCGGGACGAGUUGGUCCCGAUCAGUCCCCGCAAAGAAAAACACCAGCCAGGGGCGUUCAAAGAGCGCUACAAUCCGCCGGACACGUCGUUCCGCAAGUUUUACGAACGUGGCGACUUGCCGAUCCAGUCAAGCAUGUAA